AUGUCCCAAGAUGGUACAACACCAGCUCCAGCAUCACCAACACUAGAUAUGAUGGCAAUGAUGAUGCAGAUGAUGCAACAGCAAACCCAGCUUAUACAGCAAAUGCAGGAAAAGAAAACUUUCAAUAAACCUGCAAAGAACUCACAAGAUCUUGAAGCUGGACUCAAUGCUCUCAGGAACGACUACAAGAGAGAGCAGAUGACGUUUAGGAAGAAGGGUGAUGAAGAUUAUGAGAAUGAUCCGAUCGAGGAAGACGAGAUCAA